CCGCAACCCGCUCCUCGCGGCGAAAAAUUAUGACUGCUGACCACGACCCAGGCCACCUCUUACAAUAAAAAGAGGUCUCCCAAAUACCAUGGCCACUCCAGCUCCCUCGCUCGCUCCUGCGCCGGGUCCAGCUCCGUUGGCACCCGCAUUGGCCGCCAAGCCAGCCAUCUCACCGUCUCCCGGUCCGGGCACACCCGGCUCCAUCACCUCCAAGGAAUGGGUGAUCCCCCCUCGUCCCAAACCCGGCCGCAAGCCCGCCACAGACACGCCCCCUACCAAACGCAAAGCGCAGAAUCGAGCUGCCCAGAGAGCUUUCCGGGAGCGUCGAGCGGCCCGCGUUAACGAACUCGAGGACCAGAUCAAGAAAAUCGAAGACGACCAUGAGAUCCACGUCGUGCAACUCAAGGAGCAGAUCUCGAACCUUUCUCAUGAGGUCGAUCAAUGUCGGAGCGAAAUGGCCUGGUGGCGUGACCGGUGCCACGCUUUGGAAAAAGAGGUCUCCGUCGAGCGCAGCGCUAAGGAAAGCCUUGUGAAGGAGUUCCGGUCCUCGUUGUCGGACAAGAAUGCCUCUCGCUCAGACAAGGCACCCUUGACACGCAUACCCAGAGACUCAGCCGCCGCUCAAGUGGCAGUGGAAAAUAACAUGCACGAGGAGCGGGAGGAGGUGCCCCUGGGCUGUAGCAACUGCUCGAACGUGCACUGUCAGUGCAUUGAAGACGCCUUUAGCGGCAUGCCAGGCAUCGAGCGGACGUCAACGCAGUCAAAGCGUACUGAUAACUCGAGCCAGUCUCGUGCCGAACCUGAAAUCAAGCCUGAGCCAGAGGAGAUGGAGAUCGAUUUCACAACGCGAUUCGCGGCCCCCCAUCACGUCCAGGACGACACAGUCACUAAUGUCUCCUCCCCGGCCGUCGACCCUUGUGGUUUCUGCCAGGAUGGCACGCCAUGCAUUUGUGCGGAAAUGGCUGCCCAGGAAGAGGAGCGCCGCCGGCGGAACUCGUUCGAAAACAACCGUUUGGCACCCAUCCAGAACCUGUCGCAGUUCACGCCGCCCCCUUCCGACGGCGACGUGCGGUCCGAGGUGACCCUCCCACCCAUUAGCCAAGCGACGAAUCCCUGCGCCAAUGGCCCGGGUACUUGUGCUCAAUGUCUCGCCGAUCCCAGGCGGACCCUUUUUUGCAAGACGCUGGCGGCCUCCCGCCCCGCCAGCGCUGCUCCCUCCGGAUGUUGCGGCGGUAAAGGCGCCGAUGGUGGAUGCUGCAUGUCGCGCAACUCCAACCCUCAACGCAGCGGGUCAACUCAACAACCACAGACUUCCAGCUCGCGCCGCUCGGCUACUCCGUCCCUAACUCUCUCCUGCGCCGAUGCCUUCACCACCCUCUCCCGCCAUCCGAACUUCUCUCGAGCCAGCGAUGAUAUUUCCUCGUGGCUUCCCAAACUUCACACUCUGCCCAAUCCCAGUCAGAGCCAAAAGGAGGUAAUGCAACCAGGCUCUCGAGCCGCUUUGGAAGUCGAAGCCGCCAGUGUCAUGGGUGUGCUACGCUACUUUGAUCGGAGAUUCGCCGACAAAUGAUUUUCCUCUGCAUUCUGUUCCUUUCUACAUUUUCUCUUCUUUCUGCCUCUUUCUUUUCGGCACCUUUUUUAUUCUGCUUCUAUUUCUCAUGAUACCCAAACCUGACUCAUGGCAUGUCUGAGUUUGUAUUAUACAUACACACCUCACUCACACCUUCCUAUCCUCAUCUCGUGGACGGGAGAGAUAAACACCUCUUCCUAAUACCCUUCUCACCCAUCCAUCUACUUUUUCCUCCCCCAACCUCCACCCAGGGAUUUAUGAACCCUUCCCUUACGAUCCGCCCCACCACAAAAAGUGACCAUGAAGGAGGGAAACUGGAACCUCAACAACACAAAAAUUCACUCAUAAGAAAAAUGAUCAAAAAAGAGCCUAAAAAUAAUAACGACCGGACUGCCAGGAUUGUCUUGUCUAGAGACCGCGACGAAUUGAAGUUCGUUCCAUAUGAUUACAUUUAGACGGGUGAAAUGAAAUAAAUGAUAUGGC